ACAAUCGCGAUCGUCGCCCGCCAGCCGGUGAAGUGUGCGCUCGGAGAGGGGAAACUUUUCGUGCGUCCCCGGAGGGGUAAAGAGUGUGGAGGGACUCGUUCGAAUCGAAGCAAGGACAGGUAGGGAGGACUCGGGGCUCCGGGAGAGAAGGGAUAACGGGUCGAACGAGCUCUAACCCGAACCCCCGAACCGCGCUCUCGUCCCUUUCGUGUCGACCCGGUGCCUAUCUCUCUCUCGCAUUGCUAACCUCUCUCCUCUCGAUUCUUACCGUCUCUUCCCAUGGGUACCCCUCCCCAUCCUAUCUACACCCUCUGCCCUUCUUAACGAAUCUCCCCACACCCCAUCCUCUUUUCUCCUCUUCUCUUCCUACUUCGUAAUCUCUUCGUCCUCUUCCUCGUGCCUCCUCCGCCUUCCCCAGCCCGUCCGUCAUCUUUGUCACACGUUCUAUCUUUCUCUUUCCAUCCCGCUCUCUUCAGGGCCGGUUUAGGGGCAGCCAAUUACCCUGGGCAUCCGUACUUUCUACAAUACUAAGAAUAAAGACGGAAAACGGUUUAUUACGAAAAUAAAAGUAGUUUAUGCUCUCUAAUCAAAGAAGUAAUGAUCAAACAAACGCGUUGGUUUCGAUGUUUACCGGGCAGGCCGAUUAAAAAUGUUGUCAUUGUCAAACGCUUUGUAUAAUAUGAAUACCGUGAAUACAUAGGAAAUUAUGGGGUAAGACAUUCAAUUUACUUUUAUUUGAUGUUGUGAUUAUGUUUCUCAUUGAAACUAAAUGCAAAACGUUUGAAAGACCCCUGAAAAUGCUACAAUUAUAUUGAAUUUCUUUAACGUUUUCAGGCUUCAUGAUUAACAGAUUGUGCUAUACUCAGUUAAUAUAGUAAGUUGCUCGUCUUAUUCCAAGAAAUAGAUUGUAACAAAUGCUAGAUGUAUCGUGUAAACAAUAAAGAUAGAUAGUUUAUCGAAAUGAAUUACUGAAAUGAUUUCGAAUGCUUGCGGUUGCAUUCUUAUAACAUUUAUGUUCAUUUUUCAUCAUCACUGUAUUCGAAGUUGGAUCAAGAUAAGAAUUAAUAAAUACAUAAACAACAUAUGCAUGCAUAUGUAUUUGUAUAUUAAAUUUCAAUACGAGCGAGGGUAUCGGACUUCGUCGAGCCGGGCCUGAACUUGCUCCAUCUUGUUUUCGCUAAAAUCGCGUUAAGUUAAAGUCGUAGAUUCAUGGUGUCGAUGUAACUGCGGCUGUGGUUUCACUUGAUCCAUCGUACAUCUAUGUAUCUUCUCCGUUUCGUAUAUUCUUUCAAUGAUUAACAACAUACUGCUCGUACGACGACGAUACCGACUAUCUAUUUCUCGGUUAGAGUACGUCAUCGGGGCUAGAGAAAGCGAUUUCCGUCGAACUCUGAGUUGCUGCGCCCGAAAACGAAGACAGUUUCACGACUGUUUCGUGUUGCAAAUGGUUUCGAACGAGAAACGCCUAUUGCGUGUUCUGUGUCAAUGAUUUAUACGCGUCUGCAAACGUACACCGCCUUAUAGACAUAUACCUGUUAUUAGACAAACAUGCAGUUAAUUAAUCCUAUUUAUUAUAAAACAUUCUGUAAAUUUAUUAUUGAUGUUAUUCUCAUUAUAAAGUUUUGCCGAUUACAAUGCUUGUAUGUAUAUACACUGUAUCAAAUAAAUAAAUGAAUUAAUUGAAUACGAUGAUUGGUUCAACGAUAAUUUGGUACUGUAUCUUAAAUAUUCGUCGUAAUGCAUUAAUCUGUCUAUUAAAUACAAAGUAUAUGCAAUAUAUGUAUAAUGAAAUAAACAUUUAAUAUAUUAUUUUUUCUCACUGAUAGCUGAGAGGAAAUAUAACAACUUCUAAUGAAGAGACCUUAUGUACACCUUACUCCAUCUAUGAGAAAAAGGAAACUGUUGAUUACCAACAGUAAAUACAAACUUAUAUUGAACAAACAAAGUUGUUUAUUUUAUAUGUAUAUGCCCAGUAAAUCAAAUAAGAAUUGCAUAGCAUAAUUCUUGCUUCCUUGCAUGCAUACUUACAUAAUUAAACGCACUUACAGUUUCAGAGGAUCAUAUGAUUUUCAUAAAAUUUUUUAUUUUAAUCCCAAUAACAUAAGCAAUUAUUAUUCAUAUUUUCGUGUACACAUAAAUUAAAAUGUCAUUGUAUGAUAGACGAUCGGAAGCAAGGAUCGUGGAGAGUGGAGAACCAUCUAUUUUGUCGUCCGAAGCAAGCGAGCGGAAGUUGGCCCGCAAACUUCGAAUUCAACGUCGUAAAGAAGCUCUAGAGAAACAAAUAAAAGCUCAAGAUGAAGAGAUUGAAGAAAUAACUCCUAUUGAACAGCAAAUUCUUGACAGCGUAGAGACAUUGGAAAAAUUAACUGCAGAAGGAGAUGAAGUCGUUGCAGGCGUCAGAGUGGCGAACGAUGCAAAGGAAUUGCAAAGGCGCAAGGAGAUGCAGGAGAAAAGAGAGCAAUUAUUGGCGGUACUCGAAGAGGAGGACAAAAAGUCCAUGGAAAAGUACCGUGAGAUUACGGAAAAGUGGCCUUCUAUACUUGCUUCCAACGACCCGAUAGAUAUUCAUGAUGAAUUGCAAGCUCAAAAUGCUAAGUGCCUCGAAAUCCUAGACAAAAAGGAUGCUUUAAUCGCGGAACUGAAGGAAGAGCUGCAGAAAGCCGAUGUGCAGUAUUCUGAAGAUGUGAAAAAACAAAACGAAGAUAUUGAUAUACUUAUCGAAAGAAUGGAAAAUCAGAUACAAACAAUGACCAAAGCUUAUCGCCAUGAAGUGGAUUUGAUCGAAAGUGUUAUCGAAACAGAACGUAAAAUACUUUUAGAAUCUUCUUUGGAAAAAUGGAAUACAUUGUAUAAGAAGCUUCAAGAUGAUACUUUCGAAGCAAGGGAGCAAAGGAAGGAAGUGAUGCGUCAAUAUGAAGAACAUAUGGAGAAAGCGAUUAUAGAACAUCAAGAGGAAUUUCGUAAACAAAAGAUUAUGUUCGAGCUGGAAAUACAGAAUCUUCAGCAAGAAGUGCAAAAUAUGAAAUCCUUCUGCAUGAUGAACGUUGAGAAACUUGAUUACAAUUACGCGGUGUUAAAACGACGUGAAGAAGAAAAUAUUAUUGUAAAGAAUGAACAGAAGAGGAGGAUCAACAAAUUGCAGGAUAUUAUUAAUAACUUGAAACAUACGUAUGCACAAUUGGAAGAAUCGACUAGGAUGGAAAUUCAAAAGCUAACAAAUCAAAUUUUGAAAUCGCACAGAGCUGUAUUGGAUUUAGAAGAGAAAUCUAAUUAUCUCGCGACUAUUAAUGAUAAGAAAUAUAUGCAAGUUUGGGAUAUGAAUAUUACUGCCGCCAACGAAUUAUUUGAUAAGAUUUUAACGGCGGACAGAAUCAUACACGAACAAUUGUUAUUAAUGGACUGGCAACCACCGACAGAACAAUUGCUGAAAAAAGAAGAUUUGCCCUCUUACUGUGGUACAAUGUGUACCUUGAAAGCGGAGAAAGAGAAAGCUAAGAAAAGAAGAACAAUAACUAAAUCAUACAAAUCGGCAAACAGUUUAGAAGAAAUAAAUUUAGAACGACGCUUACUGAAUCAUAUUCUUAAACUGAUUUCUGAUGAAUGUGAUUACAUCAUUGAAGAUACUUUGAAGAAACUGCUCGAUGAUUAUACGGAAGAAAAUAAGCUCGUGAUACGACUGGACAAAAUUUUCGAGGCAUUCAAAAUCACGUCUGAACAAGAACUUCAAUUUUUAUUGAACUUUUUUUUGCCUUACGCAUACUGUCCUACUUGUGACAUUAAAACUUUAAGUACACCCAGCGUUAGUGUCUGUGGAGCAACGGAUUCCUCUACGAAUAGUUUACCCGAAGUUUGUGGUAGUGAUACAUUUACUCCGAAACAAGUUAAGUUAGUAAAAGCUGUGGAUACGGCACUUCGUAGCGAGAAGGUAACAGAAGCUAUUGCGGAAAAAACUGGUGCAGAAGAGAUCGAUACAGAAGAAACUAAAUCAGGAGAGGAUACUUCAUCUGAAACACCGAGUAAAAGCGACCAAGUUGCGACUACUUGUAUAGAAGGAGGCAUUAUUGAAACUAAGAAGGAUGAUGAAUCAAAGCGAUUGUUAACAUGCGACAAAGGCCACUUGUUGACAAUUGGAACUGAAUUUGUCUCAAGCGCAUUAAAAGAGUUUAUCGAAAGAUACGAGUUUGUAAAGAAAGAAGAAACCAGUAAAAGGACAGUGAAGGAAAAACUCACUGUAUCUCGCAAUAUAACUGACGAAGACAUAAUCAAAUUUUGGGAACAAUAUCGUAAUAUUUUUUCACAAGACAGGGAGAGACUAUGGGACAAUUUACUAGUUGGUGUAAAAAAAUAUUACGAAGUGUUGAAAGAAAGAAGUCAAUUAAAUGCCGAAACAGAAUUGUUACGGAAACAGAAUGCAGAAAUGCGACGUCUAUUAAGCAGAUCUGCAACAGAGUCAGACGUCAUGCAAUGGGCCGAGAAGGAUAUAGCAUUUUGAUCUUAUAAGAUAAAUAAAUGCUGCAUAUUGUUCUCACUUAAAACAUUGU